ACCCUUAUUAGUCUCAUUUCACAAAAUGAAAUUCAUCUUAACGGUUGUGGCUGUUUUAGCCAUUUUAGCUUUAGCUAAGGCACAGGAGGAGCCAGCGGGCCUUAAAGACGUGCCAGCUUUUGUAAAGUCUUUGGAAAAAUUACAAAGAGGUCCUCCUGAAAUUGAGGUAAAAAGCCGGGCAGCUGUUAAAACAAAAUGGAUUGAACAAAAAUUGGAUCAUUUCGAUGAGAAAAAUGAGGAAACCUGGAAAAUGCGUUAUAUGGAAAAUGAUCAAUAUUUUGAGUCGGGUGGUCCCAUGUUUAUUUUUUUGGGCGGUGAAUGGGCCAUUUCUCCUGGUCGCAUACGUGAAGGUAUUAUACCCGAUAUGGCCAAGGAACACAAGGGCAUGUUAUUCUAUACUGAGCAUCGUUAUUAUGGACAAAGUAAACCAACCAAUAACCUUAUGGUAGAAAACCUGCAAUAUUUACAUGUCAAGCAGUCCUUAGCCGAUUUGGCCCAUUUCAUACGCACCCAACGUGAAAGCGAUCCUCGUUUGGCUAACUCCAAAGUAAUCAUUUCUGGCGGAUCCUACUCAGCCACCAUGGUUGUAUGGUUUAGCAAACUCUAUCCUGAAUUGGUUAAUGGUGGUUUUGCCUCCUCUGCUCCGAUUUUGGCUAAAGUUGAUUUCAGAGAAUACAAAGAAGUGGUGGGAAAAGCUUUACUUGAAUUGGGUUCGCAACAAUGUUAUGAUCGUGUUCAAAAGGGUAUAGCUGAACUAGAAGCCAUGUUUGCCGGUAAUCGUUCGGCUGAAGCAAAGGCUAUGUUACAGUUGUGUGAUUAUUUUGAUCAUCAUAAUGACUUGGAUUUGUGGUCUUUGUUUGGUACCAUUUCGAAUAUAUUUUCGGGUAUUGUACAAUAUCAAAAAGAAGGUGAUGUACCCAAAGAAUGCAAUUAUUUAAUGAGUUUUGAAGAUGAUUUAACUGCCGUUAGUAAAUUAUUUUUACGUAAUCUGGCCAGUAAAAGAGGUGGCUGUGUUGAUGCCACUUAUAAAAGUACUUUAUCCUAUUAUAUGGACUCUACUUAUGCCGCAGGAGCUUCUCGUCCCUGGUUUUAUCAAACCUGCAAUGAAUAUGGUUGGUAUCAAAGUUCCAACUCUAGAAAACAACCUUUUGGCACUAAAUUCCCUGCUUUACUUUAUACCACCAUAUGUUAUGAUAUCUUUGGUUCCAAAUACACCAAUGAACACAUUAACCGUUUGGUAGAUGAAACUAAUGCCUUCUUUGGUGGCAUGAAUCCUGAAGUUAAGAAUGUCUUUAUGUCUCACGGUGCCUUAGAUCCCUGGAGUGCUAUGGGUCAUGGUGUUGACGAGGGUGCAUCGGUUAUACCACGAACCUCACAUUGUGCCGAUUUUGGUUCUAUUAGCAAUUCGGAUAGUCCUGAAAUGCGUGCCUCUAAGGAACGUUUAGUCGAACUAGUGCGUGAGUGGUUGGCUUAAGUUGUUAAGUUUACAAAAAAUUAAAAUUUUUUUAUAUUAAAA